GCCAGACAUCCGCAGCUGAUUGAUCAUCUCCGCGAAUCAUCUCUCGCCGAAUCAUCUCGCCGCGCCACGUGCUUGUGUCAUUUCGCGUAUCCAGUAGUGUUACGUAGUUACGGAUCUCGACGCGUCGUUGAUAACGAGAUACUGAAGUUGCGUUUAUCAACUUCUGUUCGUCCUCGGUCUCGCGAAUCUUUUGACCGUGACAAUGUUCGUCCACUUAAAAUGCACUUAUUCUUAAUUAAGGGAAUAAUGGCAUUAUUAUUUUGUUAUUUAUAGACUUAUUUAUUGAACAGCCCUCGUAAAAUUAAUUUUGACAUUGAGAUAUUUUUUAAAUCUAGAUAUGUGUUGUCUUAAAUUGUUUAAAGAUCGUCUCAUCAAAGAAAUAUCUGCCCUGUUGAAAGAAAUUGAGAAAGAAAAUGCCGAGGAAACGUCGCGCGAUGUUACACACAUUCUUUGAAAAUGAAACGCAGCCGCUUUCUGGAGUAGGAUUAAAGGUGUAGAGUCGGUCGGUCCAGAACGAAGUCGCGCUAGUUCUGUUCUAAUUUGUGAUUUAUUUUUAUCCCACGGUACUAGCAAAGUUUAGAACACAACACAUCGCGUGGCGGAUUCAGUUGGCGUGUGAUUUACCAAGAAUCCGGACGGAGGCGGCGAUUAUUGUUAUCGAUAACGAGCAGCGGAUAUUUUUGAUCAGAAAUUGCCGUGUGAGGUUCUUGAAAACGCGUAAAAAUGACAGACGUGAUGAGGCCUGUCUCGCCGAUUUCACCGAUUCAUUUGGCGACGAUUCAACGUCACGCACGGUGGGAGCAAUACGUUAAUGCGCUGCUGGCGGACUUGCAGAACACCGUGUCGUCGGAAGGGAAUCACGUCGGUGGUAAUGCGACACCCGGUUACGGAUCGUUGAAUGGUGCUCGCACCCACGCGACCACCGUCUACAGAUCCUAUGACAAUCGAACCUCACCACUGCCACCGCAAUCGCCGACUUACCAGAACCGCGAGGCGAUAGAGGAAACCAUCGGUAAAACCGGAAGUGCGUCUUACACCCAGACGGGCACCGGGAGCAAGAUGCCUUCCCUCAAUAACAAUCUUUCCGAGUUGGACACUCUCCUGCAAGACUUGAGCAAUGCGCGCUAUAAUGCCCACUUUCAGGAAAGAGACAGUCGCGUGUCCACAACAGGGGUGAACGGGGGCGCGACCAGCCCCAUGCUCCGUUCCCCGAGUAGUAUGUCGGCCUCUCGACCCACCGUCGACUCGUUGCUCGAAGAGCUAAGCACCGCAGUGCCUAAUGGAGAGUAUCCCGCCGAUGGAAAGGUGAGGGUCACCAUACAGGAGACGUCCACGGAGAUACAGCCGGUUUAUGAUGGCUAUCCCUCCAGUCAGCAUGGCUCGCUGAGUCGAACCGAGGUUCAGAGGAGUUAUUCUAAUGGUCAUACCGCGAGUAACGCUACCAAGGAGCUGGAUGAUCUAAUGGCUUCGCUUUCCGAAUUCAAGAUCAACAGCACUCAUCAGCACCAGACAGUAACCGACUCCCCGUACGCGAAGCCCAACAAGGCUACCAAAAGCUCGCAGAGUCCACUGCCCAUCGGCGAGGGCACGCAGACCCGUGUCCACAUCACCGAGACCCACACAACUCAUCUCUAUCAACCGGGGGAGAGCCAGCCCCUCAAGCAAAACCAGUUGGAUUCUAUGCUUGGUAAUCUUCAGGCUGACAUGAGCCGCCAAGGUGUCAAUACUACUCAGAAGGGAUGCUGCAACGCCUGCGAGAAGCCCAUCGUGGGUCAGGUGAUAACGGCUUUGGGCAAAACGUGGCAUCCCGAACAUUUUACGUGUACCCACUGCAACCAGGAAUUAGGGACGCGAAACUUCUUCGAAAGAGAGGGCCAUCCUUACUGCGAGACGGACUAUCACAAUUUGUUCUCACCCCGUUGCGCUUACUGCAACGGGCCCAUUCUCGAUAAAUGCGUGACCGCCCUGGAGAAGACCUGGCACACCGAGCAUUUCUUCUGCGCUCAGUGCGGCAAGCAGUUCGGCGAAGAGGGCUUCCACGAGCGAGACGGUAAGCCUUACUGCCGCGAGGACUACUUCGACAUGUUCGCUCCUAAAUGCGGCGGUUGUAAUCGCGCCAUUAUGGAAAAUUACAUAUCUGCACUCAACAGCCAGUGGCACCCGGAUUGUUUCGUCUGCAGGGAUUGCAGACAGAAGUUUCAGGGGGGCUCAUUCUUCGACCAUGAAGGAUUGCCGUAUUGCGAGACACACUACCACGCCAAGAGGGGAUCAUUGUGUGCGGGAUGUCACAAGCCCAUCACUGGUCGUUGCAUAACGGCAAUGUUCCGCAAAUUCCAUCCCGAGCAUUUCGUAUGCGCGUUUUGCUUGAAACAGUUGAACAAGGGCACGUUCAAGGAGCAAAACGACAAGCCUUACUGCCACGGUUGCUUCGAGAAACUUUUCGGAUAAAUGAUUUGUCUCUCUUUCUCUUCGGAAUAUAUAUUUUGUAACAUAAUAACGAAACGAGAGGCAAUUUCGCUCUCGAUGCCGUUUUACUACUCUCUCGACGAAAUAUGUAUACGGUAUAUACUUACUUGCUUUGAUCGUCUAUAUAAAAGCGUUAGAGACGAGACUCACAUUGCCUGAAAAAUAGCUUUCUAGAAUUUCCAUUUUUUAUAAAUAUUGACCUUUGGGCGAAUGUAAUCGAAGGAAUAUUGUGAAUAGAAUUUCAAUUAUUGAAAAUUAUCGCAAAAAUACAUCAGAAGAUAUAUAUAUAAUCUGUCUCGUCACGAUUGCCAUUUUUAAUAAAACUGACGAGUUUAGAUUUUAAUUUUCUUUUUAGGGAAAAAGAAAUUAAAAUUGUUAUAUAUCUAAAAGGAGGAUGUAAGUGGAUAAAACUCUAUUAUUUGUUUAAUAAAGUAUAAAUUUUAACAGUAAUUUAUUUCGUAAGGAUAAAUUGUCAAAUUACUUGAUGUUAAAACUUGCGAGGAAAUUUCUUUCUUUUUCCAUGAUAUGUUCAUUACGGAAAAUUUUUAAUUGCCCAAGAAUUAAUAGAUUUGACGAAACUUCUCUAUAAUUCUUACGGCAUCUUAUGAAUCUUUAUAUAAUUUUACAUAACAAAUUAUUUCUUCAACUGCACAAGUUUGAGUCUAUCAUGUUAUUUAAAGAUUAAUGAAAAGGGUGCUAUACGAUUUAUAUCGUUACUAAUAAUUUGUAUCGAGAUAAUAUCUAGUAGAUGUAUGUACACGUUGUACUUGUUCGAGUAGGUAUUUGUACGACAAGCGAACUUUCGCCACCAAAUACUUCCCUGACGAAAGAUCUUCCCGUGCACACGCUCGUUAGGUUUCGUAUAUUUAUAAAUAUUUAAAUAGCAGUAUAGGAUCAAAGUUUAACGAAUAUUACCGCGCGAAGUAUUACACAAGUUUACUUACGCCCGCUAUAUCGAAUCACAUUGCCAUGUAAAGAAAGAAAUAAUCGUGAGAAUUAUACGAAGGAAGCAUGUGUACGAAGUGAACGAAAUCGCGUACGCUUCAGAGGACAAGGAUCGGAAAUAAAUACAUAUUAUGAGA